UAUACUCUUAAACCAUGAAGUCCUUUUUUAAGUAACUGGCUUAAAAACAUUUGUUAAUUAGUAUGCAUCCUCCGCACACGGAAAAAAUCUAAAAGUCGGCCAUCUUACGACAGCCUCGACAAAGGGUUUAAUAAGGAUAAGAAUAAACAACACCGUGAAGACACGCAACAAAGCAGUGCCAUAUGCCUUCCUCUCUCAGAUAACAGACCUCAAUCUUCCACGCAUCAGCAUCAAUUACUCUUUUUACAACCUUUUUCAUCAGGGGUCAUGACACGAUCCGGUCAAAAACGGAAAGCUUCUUUAACAGGCGAAAGCAUUAUUGCAUCAGCGUCCUCUAGAGCGCGGACGAAAUCCUCUUCACGAUCUGCAACGCCUGGAUCGCCAUUGCCAACGACAUCUUCGACAUUUGACGCACUUGCUAUGCAUUCACCUACUCCAGAUCUCACUAGCCGUACUGGGAACAGCACACCAGUGUCUGCCUUUGAAGGGGGGUCAGAAGAUGAAGAGGAGGAAGUUAGUAUUAAAUGGAACAAAGUAGUCCCAACUAUUGAGGUCGCCUUUUUUUCCCUCCAGGAGCAUGGGUGGCCAAAUGAAGAAAGGCCAGAGUCGGAAAUCUCGGUUGUCUCCGGACGAAAGCAGGAGGAUAGAGGGGGAAAGCCCACGUAUGAUGUCCGAGACAUAUGCUUCAUUGAUGACAACACCCUCGGUGUACUACUCAACUCAUCCAACCCUCCGGUGCAUAGAGUAACUACUGUUGUGCUCGCUACAAAUAUACAGCAGCAGCAACAACUACACGAGCAGUUUUUAGUCUCUAUACCAUUGCAAAGUUCUGGGCGACCUUUCCAGUCAAUAUCGCAUCUCAUUUCAUCCGAUUUAGGUUCCACCUGCUUACUCGAUCAGGUGCUUCCACUUAUAUUAGAUCCUUCAUCGUCACUGACCAUGUACACACUCCCAAUCAAUAAGUCACGAGCUGUCGCUCCAGCAACUGACCCAACAAUCAUGUCGCGCGUAGAAUCUGGUGCUAACAAAGUCACAACAGGCGAAAAGGACGACGCACCUAUUGUAGCGCCAACAGCAUUAACGGCAGCAACAACAAUGGUAUCGGAUGGUCAUCAACCAACAGAAUUAUGCGUACAAGAAGAUGAUCCAUUUUUGACUGGACCCUGUCGAAUUGCCAUUAAUGAGCGUGACAGCGAGACGGUGAUUGGCAUCUUUGGACCUUCCGACAAAGAUGCAACCAUAUUGCAAGGUGCGGGGAAAAUUUCGAUCUUUGAGUUGUGAAACCAAGACCCAUGAUAUAAAGCGAAAAUAAAUCGAAUCCCAUCCCAAUGACGCCCCAGACAAAUUUGAGCAAGAUUGAUUCUCUUGCUCUCCAUAUAAAAGUAUCGAUAUGAAUAUUGUCUUGUUUAAUAUGGAACAGGUGUUUGUGUACAUGAGUUUAAAAUGAAAUAGAAGCGUUAUAUUUUACAUGGGCAUAUAGUCUAAAAGCAGAGGAAGAAAAAAAAAAGUAAUGCUACAAAUUUU